UGUGAUAGGAGCAGGCACUAACUAGGUAGGGAUUUUCAUUGCCAUCCCCCGAGUCUUGGUUUCGCAGACACGAAGAGUCUGGGCGUCUGUGCAGAGAGAAUUCCUGGUUCCUCCCUCUGGAAUGCAUGAGCAACUGGGCAGAGCCUAAGAAGGAGCCCAUUGCUCAGACCUGGGCCAGAGACCACAGCUAGCCCCUAACUAAGAAGAGCUUCCAGGUCCGUGUUCUAUCGAUGGAUUUUAAAAUUGAAUACACUUGGGAUGGUUUUCCAGUGAGACAUGAGCCAGUGUGUGUCAGGCUGAAUCCGUGUGACCAGGGAGUGAAGAUGGAGGUUAGUGCUCCAUUAUUCAAUGAUCCUCCAUCCCCUCUCGGAGAACCAGGAAAGCCUUUCAGUGAACUGUGGAAUUAUGAAGUUGUGGAAGCAUUUUUUUUGAAUGAUACAACUGAGCAGUAUUUAGAAGUCGAACUUUGUCCGCAUGGACAGCAUUUAGUCCUUUUACUCUCUGGAAGAAGAAAUGUUUGGAAAAAAGAGCUUGCAUUAUCAUUCAAAGCAUCCAGAGGAGGGACUAAUUGGGAAGGUGAAGCUUAUAUUCCUUGGAGUUAUUUCCCACCAAAUGUGACAAAAUUUAACUCAUUUGCAAUCCAUGGAUCAAAUGAUAGGAGAGUUUAUGAGGCGCUUUACCCUGUGCCACAUCAUGAGCUACAACAAGGACAAAAACCUGACUUCCAUCGUCUAGAAUAUUUCAAGCCUUUCAGUUUUAACACACUGCUUGGAGAAGAAUGGAAGCAGACAGAAUCAGACCUGUGGCUAACAGAGAAACCAGAGAUAUAGGAAUAUAACCAACAGUGUCAGUCAUUUCUCCUUUGUAUCUUUUAAGGUAAUCUAAUAAAUUACAUAAACACAUUUCUACAACAAACAUUUAACAGAGAUCCCUGAAAUGUAGUAUCUCUGUGGUAGAUUGUAUAUGGUGAACAAAGAAACUCUGUGUAACAUAAAAUAAUUUUUACUUAAUUCCUCUCCACACUUGAAAUCAGUACAAAACAAUACUCUACUUUAGUUGGUGAGACCAUCUGUUUCUGCUAAGGCAUCAACAUAGAGGAGUUAUCCAACUAGAUAUUUUUACUGGGUAAAAAGAAAUGAAAUAGUCUUGAAUUAAGGAAAUGGAGUUGAUAAUUUUACUUAUAGAUAAAUGAUAUUUUCUUAAUGUUGCUAAAAAAGAUGUCAGAAACCUUCAUUUGAUUUUUGAAGUGUCAAACAAUCCUGCUUGAAGAUAGAUCCGAAUAUAAUAAAUCAGUACCCCUCUCUUACAUAAACGGGUCAUGCAGACAGAAACUAAACAGAAGGAGUCUAAGAGUGAAACUGUACCGCAGAUCAACUAGACCCAGCUGCAGAGUGUUCCACCGACAGCUGCAGAGUGACUCUGUUUUCAGAGGCUUACCGAACAUGUUCCAGAAUAAGACCAGUAACACAUUUGUUGCAGUUUAGAGAGCUGUAGCUACUUGGGUUUAUUUAUACUAGAAGACUUUUAGAUCUGAUAAACAAAUUCAGCCAAGUGGCACACAACACAGUCAGAAUACAAAAAUAAUAGAUUUUCCACACCCUAGUAACCAACCUGCUGAGAAAUCAGGAAUGCAUUUCCACUCUCAGCAAAAAAGAAUAGUUAGGAACAAGCCUGUGCCUGUGUGUUAAUUACUUUCCUCAUGGUGGUUAAAAGAAAAUUGACAAAAGCAAGUCUGUGAAGGAAGGAUUUAUAUUGGCUCACAGUGCUGCUUACACGCCUUCAUAAUGGGGAAACAUGGCUACAGGAAUGUGAGGUAGCUGGUCACAUGUGUCUACAGAUAAAAAGCAGAGAUGAAUGGUGUGCUCAGCUCACUUUCUCAUUUUCAUUCAGCCUUGGACCCUAUCCCGAGGAAUGAUGUAGACCUCAUUCUGGUGUGCUUUCUGAUCUCAAACCUUUUUAAAAACACUCACACAGACAUAUUGUUGAGUGCAGCUCCUAGGUUAUUAUAACUCCAUGUAAGCUGACAGGGAGAUUAGUCAUCAUAUCUUGCUGAGGUGGUGAAAGGCUUCUACAAUGAAAGUUACAGAGCUUUGAAGAGAGAAAUUAAGGAAGACACUAGAAGAUGAAAAGACAUUCCAUGUUCUUGGAUCAGCAGAUUUAGUAUUGGGGAAAUGGCCAUAUAAAAAUUAGCUAUCUAGAAGUUUUUAUGAUCACUUUCAAAAUUUUAAUGACAUUCUUAACAUAACUGGAACAGUAUCCUAAAAUGUGCUUGCAAACACAAAAGACCUAUAAUAGGCAAAGAUAUCCUGAGUACCAAGAACAUUAUUGGAAGUUCCCAAUAUUUGAUUUCAAGUUAUACUACAGAGUUGUAGUAAUAAAUGGGACCAGCAUAAAAACAAACAGUAGACCAAUGAACUAGAGCAGAGGAUCCAAAAAUUAUGCUAUACAGCUAUAGAUACUUAAAUUUUGACUAAGGAAUAAAAAACACUCAUGAGAAACAGUUUCCUCAACCAUUGAUGCUAGAAAAAUAGUAUACUGAUAUGGAACAGUAGAGCUAAAUCCCCAUAUCUCAACCUGUACAUAAGUCAGCCCCAAGACCUUAAUAUAAGAUCUGAAACAUUGAAGCCAAAAGAAAAAAACAUAAGGCAAAUACUUUUAAGGUGUAAAUACAGGCAGUGACUUCAGGAAUAUAACUCCAUUUCCUCUGGAAAUAAAGGAAUCACAAAAUGAAUUUCAUCAAGAUAGCACAGAGAAAUGGCAUACCAUUCAGCCACAAAAAGAACAAAAUUAUGUCAUUAUCAGGAAAAUGGAUGGGACUAGGUACUGUGUUAAGUAAUAAUAAGUCAGUCUCUGAAACAUAAAUAGCUCAUGUUUUUCCUCCUGUAUGAAAGUUGAAGAAAAACACCUGAAUAUAUAAGAGGAGACUAUUAGACAAGUGGAAGAGGAUUUAAAAAGAGAGGAGAGAUGGGUGAAAAGAUGGAGUGGGGAAUAAAAAAAUGUCCAUAGUUGUAUACGUGGAUGGAUCUGCGAUUGUAAAACCUGCUAUUCUGUGUAAUUAAAACUACAUUUACUUUUCAUCUUAUCCAAGUAGAAAUGGCUGUCUUCAAGAGAAGAGCAAAUGCUGGUGAGGGGAAGAAGGAGAAAGAGCUCUAUAUUAGUAUUAUCAAUUGUGAAAAUCAAUGUGGAGAUAUACAAAUUAAAAGUUUCUUGUCUAGAAGUCUCAGAUUUUGUGCUGUGUUUCAAGUUUGCCUCCUAGUAGAUCUGUGAGCUUCUGCAUCAUCCCUAGUCCUUCCCAACAUGAUUAGCUCAGAGGCCAGCAGGCUCACAGAAGGUAGUUCAUCACUAAAUAGAUACUUUCUUGCCUACUCAACAGUAUAGUUUUCCAUCUCUUC